AUGUCAGUUACAGAUACUAUCAAAGCAGUAAAUACUCAGAAGUUAGACAAAACUAAAGGGGAAAAUGAUAUCCCGCUUCUAAAUGUUAAAAUUGAUUUGGCUACCGCUUUGGAAGAUGGUGGGAGCUUGAAUAAACAACCGAAUGCUAAAUAUGAAACAAAGUAUUCAAAAACAAGCGAUGGCAACAGUUAUAUUUCGUCGUCGUCGUCAUCCUCAUCUUCAGAAACUUCGUCUUCAUCGGCGUUAUCAGAGACUUCAUUUUUGGAUGGUGGUUGGGGGUGGAUGGUUGUCUUAGCAUCAUUCAUGGCUCAUGUCAUUGCCGAUGGUUGCUGCUAUUCUGCAGGUGUUUUAUUGGUUAAAUGGUUGGAAGUUUUUGAGGAGAGUAAGGCCAAAACAUCCUGGAUUGUUGCUCUCUUUGUAUCGCUGCAUGCAAUUUUUGGCCCCAUCAGCAGUAUAUGUACGAAUAAAUUUGGUUGUCGAAAAACAACAAUAGCUGGGGGACUCAUUUCAGCUCUCGGUUGCAUUUUGAGUGUUUUUACAAAUUCUGUUGAACAGUUAUGCCUAACAUUCGGUCUUGUUGCUGGCUUUGGUUUGUCUCUCGUUUAUGUGCCUGCUGUUGUCAUUGUUGCUUUCUACUUUGAAAAGAAGCGAGCUUUUGCCACUGGCAUAGCAGUAGCAGGAUCAGGCAUAGGAGGAUUUGUAUUUCCUAUUCUUGUAGAGCUCUUGGUAGAAACUUAUUCAUGGAGGGGUGCUCUGCUUAUAAUGGGAGGAAUUAUGCUUAAUAUUGUUCUUUGUGGGGCACUUUUUAGACCUAUUGUUGCAUUCAAAAAACAUAAGCUUAAACAGAAAUAUUUAAAAUCGCUGGAAAAGUUCAGUCGUGUUAGUUCAAGACACCAAAGUGGUGAACAGUUGGAACAGGAAAUAAUGGGUAAUUCAUCUGUCCAAGGCAUCUUUAAAAACGGCAUGGGAGACGACUCCAUAAAUUCAUUAAAAAAAGUUUUAAAAUCUAAAAAAGUUAAAACAGAAGAAAAAGGGCAAAAAAAGGCUCACUUUCCUGAUCACGUCAUUCCUAAGUACCCUCAAGAUGUCUUUUAUAGAGGUAGUUUGUGGAAAACAGGGUUCCUUCGAGAUAGGGUUCAGUCUGCAAGUUGUCCUGACAUAUUUGUUAGAUCAAAACGAAAGCACCACACAUUUUAUGAAGUCAUGAAUGGUUUUCGAAUAGCUUUAAAAAAUAUGAUGGAUUUUUCGAUUUUUAAAAGUCCUGUUUUUAUAUGCUUCUGUUUGCACAGUCUGAUGCUGUAUGUGAGUUAUGACAUACCAUACAUGUAUUUACCUGAUUUGGCCAAGGAUCUUGACAUUUCAGCAACAAAAGCUUCAUUACUCCUAUCAAUAUCAGGAAUUUCAAGUACCAUUGGACAGAUAGUCAUCGGAUUCAUAGGAGACAGACCUAAGGUGAACAGCAGGUAUUUGUACAUAUCUAUGAUAUCUAUAGCCGGCAUCUCCACCUUGUUUGUUCCUAUCAUUGUUGAUUACUGGCUAUUCGUUAUCUACUGCUUAUUGUUUGGGUUCACCAUCAGUGCUAACUACUGCUUGACGACUAUCAUAGUGGUUGAUGUUCUUGGAAUGGAGCAAUUGACCAAUGCCUAUGGCUUUGUGACUUUGGCCGAGGGGAUUGCAAAUCUUGUGGGAGUGCCUCUUGCUGGUUGUCUGACGGAUUGGACUGGUACCUAUGAAUUAGCUUUCUAUUUGUCAGGAAUUGGUGUUUUCAUAUCAGCAACUGUGUUAUUUCUUAUGAAUGUCUUGUCAAAAUGUGAUCCUUUAGUUGAAAAAAAAGAAAGAAACAAAAGGGAUAUAGAGAGGAUAAAUGCUUUUAAAAACUGUAGUGAUAGUAGUGAAGAUGAAGUCGACGGUGUCGGUCAGUAA